CUCGGCGCCCACGGACUCGCCAUUAUCCCGACAAAGUCAACCACCGCCGGAAAGCCGGAAACUGCGAGCGCAAGCCGGCAUCCCCUCUGCCCGCACGCCGGCUAACUAGUAUAAAGCCACUCCCGCGCCCUCCAAUCCCGCCGGCGUCCAGAGCUCAGACCAUCUUCCCAGCACACUCCGGCGAUGGCGCCGCCCGGGGACCCGCCGCCGGCGACCAAGUACUUCUGGGGCGACACCCCCGAGCCCGACGAGUACUACGCCGCGCAGGGGCUCCGGCACGCCGAGUCCUACUUCCAGUCCCCUCACGGCCGCCUCUUCACCCACGCCUUCCACCCGCUCGCCGGCGACGUCAAGGGCGUCGUCUUCAUGACCCACGGCUACGGUUCCGACUCCUCGUGGCUCUUCCAGACCGCCGCCAUCAGCUACGCGCGCUGGGGGUACGCCGUCUUCUGCGCCGACCUCCUCGGCCACGGCCGCUCCGACGGCCUCCGCGGGUACGUCGGCGACAUGGAGGCCGCCGCCGCGGCGUCCCUCGCUUUCUUCCUCUCCGUGCGCGCCAGCGCGGCGUACGCCGCGCUCCCGGCGUUCCUGUUCGGCGAGUCCAUGGGCGGCGCCGCCACGCUGCUCAUGUACCUCCGCUCCCCGCCGUCCGCGCGCUGGACGGGGCUCGUGCUCUCGGCGCCGCUCCUCGUCAUCCCCGACGGCAUGUACCCGUCCCGCCUCCGCCUCUUCCUGUACGGCCUCCUCUUCGGCCUCGCCGACACCUGGGCCGUGCUCCCGGACAAGAGGAUGGUGGGGAAGGCGAUCAAGGACCCCGACAAGCUGCGGCUUAUCGCGUCCAACCCGCUCGGCUACCGCGGCGCGCCGCGGGUGGGCACGAUGCGGGAGCUGGUCCGCGUGACGGAUCUGCUGCGGGAGAGCCUCGGGGAGGUGGCGGCGCCGUUCCUCGCCGUGCACGGGACGGACGACGGCGUGACCUCGCCGGAGGGGUCCAGGAUGCUGUACGAGCGCGCGAGCAGCGAGGACAAGGAGCUCAUCCUGUACGAGGGGAUGUACCACUCGCUCAUCCAGGGGGAGCCCGACGAGAACCGCGACCGCGUGCUCGCCGACAUGCGCAGGUGGAUCGACGAGCGCGUGCGCCGCUACGGCCCCGCCGCCGCCGCCAACGGGGGCGGCGGCAAGGAGGAGCCGCCGGCGCCCUGACGGUGCGGUGCAGUGUUGGAGACAGCAACAUGGACAUCCAGGGAAGCUUCAGAUCAGAUCUAGCGGAGGCAUCAUCCAAUGAAUCAUACGCAUCCAGUCUUCAAAAUAAGAUUCCAGAUCGCGAGAGCACGCGUCGCGAUUCUGCGCAGGGAAAAAGAAAAGACAAGGCAGGGAAACGGGAACAAGCUAUCGGUACCUUUCCCGAAAGCAAUGACUCUGAAUGGCGUGUUCGCUUCAUCAUGCCAUUGGGUGUGAACUGUGAGGCGACAGGCGAGGCCCCCUUCUGAGUCGCAACGUGCCAACGGUCGACGCGGACAGCUCGUACUAGCACAAUAGUGGCAAGUGGCGACCGGCUCUCCGGGAACGAAGACGGCGUGCCAAGCAGCUAGAACCACUCAAAAUUGAGCGAGACUUGUGUGCACUGAACAAACGUAUAGACAAGAUGCGGGUGACAAGUGGGGUGGUUUCAUCUCUCCAUCACCAAAAUUCCGCUGUGCACCCUUCCCAUCAUUUUUUUGAAGCAAUCUUCACAUCAUUAAUGAAAGGCCAUGUGCAUAUACCAAGAAGGUCAGCAGAGGCAGAGAAGUGAUUUGCAAGCGAUCAACUUCUAGGAGUCGAUGCAAUAAUUUACCCUUUUAGGGGUAAAAAUCAAAUAGCCUACUUUACCCUUUAUUUUUUUCUCUCUAGAUUAUUUUUUAGAAAUUCCAGGCCAUUCUUAGUUUUAACCUUUCUUUAAAAAAAUGACACAAGGGGAGAGGCAUCCUGAGACCUUAAGCUUGCUAACUUUAUUAGUAUCUGGCCCAUUUAGGCCAUUUUUGAAUGUUCACACAUUUUUGUCA